CGCACACACACUCUCUUUCUCACACACACAGGAGAGGACAGCGAAGAAGAAGAAAAAGACACUGAGAGAAGGAGGAGAAGAAGAAGAAGAGGAGGAGAGGGGAAAGCGCAGAGAGACAAAAGAGGAAGAAAUCCGGGGAGAAAUGCCCGCUGGACGGAUGGAUUUUAUUUUCCCCGAGCUGUACCAGCCUCUGUAAGACAACAUGGGCUGCAUAGGAUCCCGGACCAUCACAGUGGAUGCGGUGCCGGUACAGAAAGAUGGGGAUCAGUUGUCCAUGGAGGACACUACUUCCAUUCUUCCUCGCCCCAAGAGGAAGCCCCCUCAGGCCUAUGGGAUCGGCGCUCUGGCUAAGUCCUCUCUGACAGGUGUGUCAGGUGUGCCUCGCUCCAUGAAGGACAAAGUGACCAAGCCCACUGCCAUGGCCCACGGUCGCGUUGCCCACAUGAUCGAGUGGCAGAGCUGGGGCAAACCAACCGCGGGGCCGCUGGGGAGCGCGGUGCAGAACAGCCUGCAGAAGGAGGAGAGGAGGAUCGAGAACGAUGCUUACAGCGACCUGAGUGACGGAGAGAAGGAGGCUCGCUUCGCUGCAGGCAUAAUGCAGCAGUUUGCCAUCUCUGAGAUGACUCUGUUUGGCUGGAACUCGAUGGACGGGGAGAGUAUGGGAGCCGGCUCCAACCAGGGCAGCGUCGCUCACCUCAGCGAGGUCAACCAGGAGAGCAUCACCAGCAGAGACCAGGUGCUCCACCACUCCUCGGCGGACGUCUGGCCUCACACCUACGUGUCACAGGGCCUGUACUGCCUGUCGUCCUCUGACGCCUGGGACCCCAUCACCAGCCAGCCCUCGGGCAUGGCCUCGCCCGCUGCAGGCUCAUACAUCAUGUCUGCAGGUGGCGGCAGUGGAGCGGCGGGGACUCCUGGUGAGGGGUUUGAGGGGACGGUGGGCAAUUACCUUCAGCAGCAUCAUUACACCCUGCAGCAGCAGAACCAACUCCAACAGCUCCAACACAUUCACCAGUUCCAGCAGCAACAGUUCCUGCAGUACCAACAACAACAGUCUAUGGAGCAAAGGCUACAUAGUGCCUCCCAUUCCCUCCAAGCCACACCCAACAGCACCAUCCACAGCCUGGGCCCUCCCACCCACCCCCGGCUCGCUGACCUGUGGGGAGCUGCGCUGGUCGAGGCACACCACGGGGAGAUCAUCGGCCAGCUGAAUGGACAGAUGGUUGACAUGAUCGGAGGAGUGGAGACGGUUGGAGAGGAGCCAGAGCCCGAGUCUGAAGACACCCCUGAGCAGCACGAAGAGGAGGAAGAGGAGGAGCUGACAAAGGUAGAAGAGGUAACAUUAAUCCUGGAGCCGGAGCCGUGCUCUUUGACCCCAUCACCCCUGAAGGAGGACCUCCCCUCCACCAGAGGCUCCAGCCCAGGAUUGCCAGCACAGAUCGCCCAAUCUGUCCCGGAGAGGAAACCGUUUGAGGUCACACCCUGCAUCGUCCAAUCAGUAGAGGAGUAAGAGGCAAAGGAGGGCUCCAUUGUUAUUGUUGGACCAACUGAAUCAGAGGGCCGCAAAGAAACGGACAAAAUAGGAAAUAACUACUUCAAUAAUCAAUCAAGCUAUUCUAUCCCAACCCCUCCCUAGUAUUUUACCCACUUUGAGUCGGAGGACAAGACUUUUGGAGACGAAAUCGUGGGAUGUAAUGUACACAAACUAAAUGCCAAGAAGCCCCCCUGAGUUACUGCAGGACAUGUGGAAUCCUCCGAAGAAAAAGAGGAGAAAGGUAGGACUGAAGUGGAAAGAAAUGCCCAAUUAAAAAUCAGUAUCAGUGCAAUACAACAAACAUGGACAUCACAUUACAACGUUAAACAGUAUUUGCAAAUAAUUCUGAGUGGUUGGUUCAGGUGAAGCGUGUAACAUUAGAGAAAUUCAGCAGGAGCAGAAACUUUACCUGGUCUUAGUUCACUGUUUGAUUUGCUAAGUAAAGAUGUUUCUGAUGAGGUCCAAUCUGAUACUUAGAAGCUACAUUCACACUGUAAGCCCCAAUGCUCAAUUUGGGAUUUAUUACUCAGAUCCGAUUUUUUCUUUGGCUGUUAAAAUGUUUAAAUUGUGGCCAAUAAUCAGAUUCCAGUGGGAACUUGUGGUGGUAACAGCAUGCGCAGAAGAGCAAGAAUAAAGAUGUCACAAGCAGCAUUUUCUCCUACACAAGUAAACAUGCAGGCCACUAAAGUCAGUGUCGUGGUAGCUUUAAUAAGUACAUGUAAUGAUAAUAAGGAUGAGGAGAAGGAGAGCCAUUUGGUAAGCAGGGAGUUUGUCGAGCAAAUGUCGCUACUUCAGUACGAAGAUGUGUUGGGAUACUGAGUCUGAGUGGUGAUUUGUUUGAGAUUGGGGGUCUGCUGCUAGAGAAGAAUUGUGUUUUAGUCAACCUAGAGUGACUUCAAAAUUACUUAAACUCCAAAUUGGUAUUGACAACAAAGUCUGACUGAUGG